AUGGAGGAUAUGAAAAGACAGAAUGAAAGCGUGAUGAUGGAGAUAAGGGAGAUGAAAGCAGUUUUCAAGGAAGAAGCGGAGAGAAGGGACAAACAGAUGGAGACAAUAAACGGAGAGAAGGAUAUACGUGGUCCACUAAAAUAUAUGCUGGACGCGAUUCUUGCGGGAUCAGUGAAAUUGUUAGGUUUCAAAACCCAUGUUGUUGGAACGGUAUGCCACAAUAGGAAAUUUAUGCCAAAAGCUGUUACGCUUCACCUAUUGAAGAGAGGUGAAAUAAUAUCACGGAAAGACGAUAAUGGCAUUGUAGUGCUGAAAUGGAGAGAUGCCCGUGACGUCAGAAUAUUAUCAUCGAAAUAUGCACCUCUUAUGGUACCAGUUUCGGACUCGUCCAUUCUUCGCGGACGUCCUCCAAAAAUAAAACCUUUAGCAGUCAUAGCUUACGAUACUGGAAAAUCUGGCAGUAAGAGAAGCGACCAAAUGGCAUCAUAUGCAACGACAAUUCGGAAGAGUUUUUUGCAUAAAAUGGUAUCGAAAACUAGCAAUUCAUUUCCUAAGAGGGAAUGGUUGGAAUCCGAAAACGCAUGGCCCCAAGCAAUAAAGAAGGCGACUCAUCACCUGCAAAUUCGCAAAAAUCUUCAGGGCAAAUCUAUUAGAAGGAUGUGCGUCCGGUGUUACGCAAAACAGAGGCAAACUCUCGAACGCCAGGACGCAAGAAAAAAUGUGCAAAAGACUAUAACGUAUUGUCCUGAGUGUCCACAGUCACCUCAAAUAUGUUUAAAAUGUUUUAACGAAUACCAUUAUAACUAA